UUUGUUAAAUUAACUGAACAAUAUUGCAAUAAUCAUGUUACCAUUAUUACGAGUACAUUUACAAUAUCAAUGUAUUUUACAAAAUUAUUUUUACAUAACAUUUCUAAUUGUGUUUCUUCUAUGCAUUGGAGUUCAUGGAGAUUCUCAUGGCUGGGGUUACGGAGAAGAUGGAUCAGAUCAAGAUUGGCAGGGACUAUGUAGAACUGGAAAACUACAAUCUCCAAUUGAUCUAUCACCACAAACAUCGGCAAUAGGAAAACUAGGAAAAUUGGAGUUAAAUAAUUUUAAUGUGCCUCAAGAAGUCAAUAUAAUAAACAAUGGUCAUACACUUCAAAUUAAUUUAAAAAAUACAAAUGAAGUCGAAAUAAAAGGAGCUGGUUUACCAGAUACAUACAGUCUUCAACAAAUUCACUUUCAUUGGAAAUCUGAACAUGCCGUAUCUGGACGGCGAUUUGCGUUAGAAUGCCAUUUGGUACACAAAAAUACUAAGUAUUUAACAAUAAAAGAUGCUCUUAAAAACAAAAAUGGGAUUGCUGUUUUGGGUGUACUGUUUCAUAUAUCAACAAUCGAAAAUGAAGAUUUGGCAAAUAUUUUAAAUAUUAGUUCACCAGUCAGAGAAACUCCCGAUUCAAAUGAAGUUACACACACAAUACAUAUUGAUCAACUUUUACCAGAUGAUUUGACAUCAUUCUAUAGGUAUCGGGGGUCACUCACCACACCAACAUGUGAUGAAGCCGUUGUUUGGACAGUAUUUACUGAAAGUCUGCCAAUUACGGAUAAACAGUUUGAAAUAUUCCAAUCUCUUAAAACUCACAAUGGAGACUUAAAAGCAAACAACAGACCACUAAAGCCACUUGUUGGACGUUUAGUUACAUAUCAAAAAUUCGAAUAUCUAACUACUGUAAGUAGCCGUAGCGCAAAAACA